GGCUCUUCAAACCCAAACGAUGUCAUCAAAACAGUAAAGCUAUCGCGAGAGAAGCAUAGAGCACACAGAGACCACCAGUUUGGACCGGAAUACACCGACUGCCAGACUGCAAUUGAGAAAUCACACUCUUUCUAGUUUCGAUUCUCUCCAUUUCUUUUGUUCCGUUGCUUGUCUGAUACUCAUAUUUGGAGCGCUCGCAGAAGCGAGCAGCAGCAAUGCUCUCCCGUAUCCGAGGUGCCAUUGAUGCCCGGAUUGCAGAAGAACAAGCCCGCCAGAGAGGUGCCCAGGAGACCCUCUCCCGCUCAAACUCCGCUCGUCGCGCGAAUCCCUCUCCUGCCAGACGUCCGAGCACAAGGGUCAAACGGGGCAACAGCUUCCUUGCCAAAAAUCCAGAUCCGUCGGAGUUCGAUGCGGAAUUUGUCGUCGGUGACGAUGAUUCAUCGACAAGGACCAGCACCCCUCGCCCGGAGUCUGCGAACAACAUGGCCGAUGGCGGCGGCGAGCUGGACGAGAAAGCCACUCUUAACGAGUCGGGGUCCGCCGCACCUACCUCUCUACUAGGGAAAUCCUCGGGUCAGACACCAGCGGAUUUACCAACCGAUGUCAGAGUGAAGCUACGGAGGCUGGAUAAGUUAGAAUCCAAAUACCAAGAGCUCUUAAAGGCCUAUCGAAUUGCUCACGCGCGCGUCCUGUCUAUCGAACCAUUCGAGGCUGCCCUGCGAGAGAAUACACCACUUACUUCAAUAAGCGAGCCCCGUGCGUUAACCGAAUAUCUCAACCAGCUCACUCUAAAAGGAGACAUGGUGGUGGACGAAUUAAAGAGAGUAACCGCGGAAAGAGACGACUUUAAAAAGAAACUUGAAUCUGCCGAGAAAUCCACACGUGAAGUAUGGGAUGAGGUCGCUAAUUUGAAACGUUCUCAGCCCGGUGAUGAAAAGAAGACGGCUCCAGAGGGAGAAGAUGUGAAUGGAAACGACCUUCCCAGUAUCCAGACCACUUCGUCCGCUGGAGAUGACUCCCUGGAUAAUUCCCAAAAAUCCCCUACAACAUCGAUAACCUCUCGUGCCGCUUCCAUUCGUGGGCUGUUUUCUCCAAGAGCCAAGCCCGUAAUGUCUCCGCCUCCUCCACCGGAAGAAAACGAAGAAUUCUUCUCCUUCGAUAACGAAAUCCCGAGAUUGGAAUCAGAAGUACACGAAAAGGAACAGGAGAUCGAGUCUCUUAAGGCUCAGGUUAAGACCUUAACUGGGGAUCUGUCUGUGGCUCGGGAGUCUACCGAAGGCAUGGCUCAUAGUUUGGAAGCUGCAACACGCGAUGUCUCGGAGCUACGUGAUAAGAACGAUCGCCUCGAGUCCCGGUUUAAAGAUGAGCGCCAUGACUUGCGAGAGCAAAUUAUAUCUCUAGAAUCAAAGUUGAGAACGACUGAAUCUGAAUUGAGGAGAUCGUCCACCUCCAUGGACGAUGUCAACUCCCAGCUGAAGAAAACAAGAGAGGAGCUCCGACAGAUCAAGGAUACGGCUGAGUCUCAGUCGGCAGAAGGGGAUGGUCAGAAAUCUGCCGACAAGAAACGGCUUGAGGUUUUGCAGGGUGUUGUGACGAAUUUGAAGUCGCAAUUAAAAGAUGCCGAAUCCACCAUCAAAUCUCUCCAGACCGAUCUCUCUGCAAGCAAGGCCGACGCAACGCGAGCACAGAGAAUUGUUGAUUUCAUAGACAGCGGCUUAAAGGAAAAUGAGAAGUGGAAAGAUGCAAAAGAACUCAUUUCGGGCGGUCAGUCAGCUAAUUUUGAAGAUAUUCGGCAAGAUUUGAUUGCACCGGCCUCCCAGCUUGCUCCCGUCAGCACCUCAACGCCCUCCGCUCCCGGUGGCAAGAAAAAGAAUAAAAAGAAGAAGAAAGGUGGAAGAUCAGAACCUGAGGGUGGCACGAAAGAAGCUGCUACUAAACAGGUUCAUGAACCAACCCCCCCGAAUAUUUCAUCCGCAGAUGCGAUUCGGGAGCUGGAGGAUAAAGUGACCAAGCUCGGUUCCGAGCUGGCGGAGAAGGAUGCGGCGAUAGAUCGACUUCAUGGCAAGCUAAAAGGAGAAGACAACCUUCGUGAAGAAAUUGAAUCUCUUCGAGAUGACCUCAUGAACAUCGGCCAGGAUCACGUGGAAGCAAAGGAUAAAGUCAAGGAGUUGCUGGCACAAAAGGCUGCGCUUGAGAAGACAAUUCAAGAUCUCGAGAGCGAAAUAGUGACCUUAAAAACUAGCUCUGCUUCAGCUUCAUCUGAUGCCGAGAAAGUCCACAAAGAUCUAAUGACCGAGUUCGAGGAUUUGAAGGUCAAAGCCGUAACUUUAGAAACCGACCUCUCGGCUGCGCAGCAAUUAGCCGCAUCUCGGUUUAAAGACCUGGCCGACUUGCGUCAGGCAUUGCAGAAGAUCCAACCCGAGUUACGAACCCUCCGCCAAGAAUCCGCGGAUCUAAAGACUACAAAGGAGGAGUUGAAGAACAAGACGGCAGAGCUUGGGCGCGUUGAGAGAAAGCAAGAAGAUCUACGCGUCGAGAUCAAGGAUCUCAAAUCGGCCAUUGGCGAUAAGGAUGCCGAAGUCAGGACACUCAAUCAGAAGAUCGCCCAGGAGACCAAUAGCCGGCUGAAGGCUGAGCAAGCGUUGGAGGUUGCGCAGUCGGACCUUCGAUACUCAGAAAGCCAAAAACAGGAAGCAGUUGAGAAGCACGAACAGACGUCAAAGGACCUUAACAAGACACAAGAACAACUCCAAUCCGCCAAAUCCAAAGUGCGAGAAUUAGAAGAGCAAGUGUCCAAGCUCAACCGAGAGAUCGAGAGUUUACACGAUGAGAUACAGCUCAAAACGGCGCAACACGCAAGCGCCCAGAGCCUGAUGAACAGUAUGCGCGAUCAAACUUCGGAGAUGGCAAUGCAAAUUAAAGAGGUACGUGAGAGAUGUGAGAGUUUAGAGGAAGAGCUUUCAGACGCCCAGCGUCUUUUAUCGGAGCGGACAAGGGAAGGCGAAACCAUGCGACGACUGCUCUCGGAGGUCGAACUGCGAACAGAACACAAGGUCAGGGACUUUAAGGAGCGACUGGAGACCGCCAUCGAAGAACGAGACCGGGCCGAGGAUGAAGCUAACAUUAUUGGCCGCAGACGCGCAAGGGAAAUGGAGGAGCUCAAAUCAAAAGCACGAGAAGCAGAACGGGCUUUACGAAGAGCGGAGGAGGACAAGGAGGAACUUGAACAUGCCCAGAAAGAGUGGAAACGACGACGAGAACAGUUUGAAGCGGAGAUGGAGCGAUCAAGACAGGAACUCACGGAUGUGAAGGAGGCUAUGGCCCAAUUACGUGACGCACUGGAUGAGAGUGAGAAACAGGCGAGGGAACUGGAGAAGGAGAGAUCCGAACUGCGCCGGUCGGUCGAAGAAACCAACCAGCGACUCGAGAAGCUAAGGAAGACAAACAAAUCCCUAUCCGAGGACCUGAAAGCGAUCCAAGCCGGAAAGGGACGCGUUGAAUCCGGCAAUCGUUCGCCUCGAUCGUCCAUUGAUUCAGGCAGACGCCGCGGAGUGAUGUCUCCGCCGCCGCGGGCACGAAACGAAUCUCUCGCCCGCAGCGAGGCGACGACCGGGCCAGGAGCCGGAAAUAUCGAUCACGUCUACCUCAAGAAUGUACUGCUGCAGUUCCUGGAGCAAAAGGAUAAAAACUAUCAAAAACAGCUGAUUCCCGUGCUAGGGAUGCUGCUGCAUUUUGAUGCCAACGAUGAGCAGAGAUGGAUGUCUGCUAUAUCCUCGAAAUGA